AGCCACUUGUGGCCCCACCCCAGCACACCUGCCUGUCCCACGCCCUAGCUAGCUCGUUCGCUGCCUGCGCGCAUGUGCUCGCGGGCUCCUCUCCUGCUGUUCUCCCGGAUCACUUUUCAUCCGAUCGCUGUUACCAAAGUGAAAAACAAGCCGCCAAGCCGGCCGCUCUCGCAGCUGCUCCCGUCGGCCGCCUCUUCUGCCCCGAGGACAGCCAUGCCUUCUGCGGCCCGCGGCACCUGGGAGCUCUGGGCGGCGCUCCUCUGCGCCCUGCUGGGCGCCCACGGCGUCCUCCUCAGCCAGGCAGGGGAAUGCAAAGAACUGGAGUCCUGUGAGAAAUGCAUUGAAGGAGAUGCUUCCCGGAACAUCACAGACUGCGUGUGGAUGCAUUGCAAAGAGUCCGAGGAGAAGCCAAGUGGGAGUUGUGUGACCAAAGGAGAGAAAGCCAAGGAGAAGUGCUCCUUUUACAACCUCACUGCCUCAUGUGAAGCACUAAAAUUAACCACAAAGGAACCACCGCACUCAACCACUAAAGAGCCUCUCAAGCCAUCCACGAAGGAGCCAGAGAUCCGCACACCUGGUACAACAGCCAGCUCUCCCCUCACCAGCUCUCCUGAGCUUCGCCCUGCAGGAUUCGACUCGGCCAGCUUUAUUGGGGGGAUUGUCUUGAUUCUCAGCAUCCAAACCGUCAUAUUUUUUGUCGUGAAGUUCCUCCGAUCAAAGGACAGCACUUACCAGACACUGAUCUGAUGGCUGACCUUCAGGGAACUUGACGUGUUUCUCUUGCUGGAAGAAUAGCUGGAGAAGAGGAGGUCAGUGUGGCCACCGUUGGAGCCAGAACCUUCCCUCUUUUCUUCCGAUGGAGCUGCUCAAGCAGAAGAACUGCUCCAGAUCCAGGCAACCUGUUGCCGUGGUGGGUGGCUCAGAAGCCUGGACCCAUUAGACUUGCAGAAACGGUAUAAAUACGCAGGGCCUCUUGCUAGCAGGCUGCAGGGACCUUUUAUCUGCUUUUUCGGUGGAUAAUUAUAAGUAAUCCGUGAGGUCAAGAACUCCUCCACUAAUUCUGUUUUUUUUCCUGUGUGAGCCAUUUUGAAUGAAUUGUCUUUAUCCUAAGCCCACAAGGAGCCAUUGACCCCUUUCCCAGCAUUUACUGGUUUUGGCCCUUCCUUCUGAGAUGACUCAUUGCUGCUUCUUUGUUUUGAAAUGUGAAGCCCUUCCCUGCAUCUUUCCCCCCCACUCCCUUGAUGUUGCAGACAGUUCUAAAUUUAACCCAUUUGCAGAUGCGUAGCGCUAGUCCUCAUGGCCUUUGGGAUUAUUUUUUUGGUGGGGGGUGGAGUUUCCUAGUAUCCCUUCACAUGCUUCUAAUACAUGCUGUGAGCUCCGUCCCCACAAUGGGGCUGGUUAAUCCCAGGCCCACCCACCUCAUUGUUUUCUUUGUUUUCAAAGCCUAUAUCGAAAGUGGGAUAUCCAGUAAGUCUGGAGUAACUUCAACUUCUGCACUUUUUGUUCCUGCCCUACAUAUUAUUUAGCCAGGUCACUUUAAAAUGAUGGUAGCUUAUGAAAAUGUCAAAUAACCUGAGUCCCAGUUAGAGAUCUGAAGGCCUGGGAGGGAGGCAGUUUUGUGUUGUGGUUUCAUUUUUCCCGGGGGUGGGUGGGAUGUGUGUUCCUGUUCUCUCCCCACCCGCCAAAAGAAUCUUCACAUCUCUAGUCCCAGUCCUGGUUUCUUGCAUGAGAGGUGUUGUACAGGCACUGCUGAGGUGACUUACUUAUCUAUGUUCUUGUGGGUGAAUUCUGGAGCCUGCUUUCUGUUGGGGAAACUAGAGCAGGGAAGUGGGAACACCGGACUGGUUAAAUUAAGCCUGACUGAUGUCUGUCUUCUCUGGAGCUGCCUGCCUGUGAAGAACAGAUCUGGAUCCUUGAAGAUGGCAAUUCCCAGCUGCCCCUUGGAGAAGCAGAACAGCUACUUCUCUGCUGCAGAACGGUGAUGGAGUAGAGGCAGUCUUCUAAAAUAAAAUAUAUAUAUUUCUGGCA